AUGAGGUCAUUCGUUUCUCUUCUUGUUUUCCCCGCUUCAUCGCUGGCUGGAACCGUGCUGUGGAGCGGCAACUUCAAUUCUUCUGCAACCGUUGAGGACUUUGACAAAUGGUCCUGGUCCAAUCAAAUAGAACCGUGGCAAUGGUACAUCCACGGCAGUGGCAAGACGACCGAGUAUCUGGGACUGUCCCCCGACUUCAAGAACCCGGCCGACACUAGCGACGCCCAGGGUGUCCGAAUCACCAUUGAUGGAACCUCCUUCUGGAAUGGACAGAACAUGGAGCGGUCUGAACUGAUCCCCCAGACCACCGCCAAUCUUGGCUCGGGCCAUCUCUACUAUCACUUCUCCCUGUCCACGAAGACCACAAAUGCCCCCGACGCCUCCUUCGAACACCAGAUCGCGUUCUUCGAGAGCCACUUCACAGAGCUCAAGUACGGCGCGUCCGGCUCAUCCGACAACACCCUGCGCUGGAAUGCGGGUGGCACAACGCACUGGUCGGUCCAGCUGGAGCCAGGCAAUUGGUACAACUUCGCCUACGAUAUCGACUUUGCCUCGCAAAAGGUCGGCCUCUGGGCUUCUAAUGGCUCUGAUCCCUUGACCGAGGUUGUCUCGCCCGUCAGCGCAUCUACCUCUACCAACUCGGCGGACUGGCACGUCGGCCAGCUGCGCCUGCCAAACGGGGGCGCCUCCAACGACGCGGCGGAAGACUGGUUCUGGUCUGGCAUUUAUGUUGAGCAGGCACCUAUCACAACGAAAAUUGGUUCUGCCGGUGCUUCUGAUUCUUCCGGCUCGUCCUCUUCCAGUGCGUCGAGCGCUUCUAAUCCCUCGGUUUCCACUCCCUCCACCUACCAAGCAACCCCGCAGCCAUCGUCUACCAGUGCUACAGAGCCAGCUGCAACCUCAGCCCCUGCGGCUGUGACAUCGGCUGCAGCUCCUGCCUCCGACACUAAUGCUGCGACACCCACUGAACCUUCUUCGGCAAAGCUCCCCACCCCCACCACUGCCGCAGAGCUUCUCGCUGAUAUUCGGGCUGCGUUGCGCGCUCUCAUUUCUCGUUCCAAUAGUAUGCACGCCCGCGACUUUGCGCGCCGUGGAUAA